AUGGGUCGGAGUCGCCGGAAGGGCAGGAGUAUGGGGGACAGACUGGCGCGCAUGUCUGUGGAGCAACGCAAGCAUUACCUCGAGAAGAAGGCGGCGCAGGAGGAGGAAGACCUCAGGAGACGCGAGGAACUCGUUGGGGCCUUUCUUAAGAGGAAAUUAUCCGACGAACAAAGGAUGGGGCGGAUUAACGAGGCGAAACUCAACACGAAAUGGCGGACAAUCUUACGACAGGCCAAAACCGAGUCGCUCAGGACGCAGCUUCAGUGCCUGGUGCUCGGCACUGAGGACGCGGUCGCCGCACAAGACAGACUGGCUUACGUGUUGCGAGCUCAGCUGCAGCAAGCACACCAGCACCACACAACCGCUCUCAACGCCCACGCAUGCGCUACCAACGCUCUCACCGAGUCGCCCCUUGUGCUCAAUGAGGUGCUGAAAUUCCCCAACACGGAUUAUUGUCCUUACAGGUGA